AUGCCUCUGCUACCUCGAAAGCUUAAAACCAAAAUAGUUACAAUAUCCAUCCUUUUUCUGUUAACAGUCUUGAACUACUUUUUUGAUGGUGCCGUGAAGAACUUCUUCUUCUCAACGGCGACCGCCGUCGAGGAUCCACCCGGAACAUGGGACAAUCACCCUGUUGUGCAGCUCCACCGUGACGCCGAGGUUCGAUUCAACGACUUCCUCAAGCGUCAGUCUAAGACGGCGGACGAAGCUGAGAUUGAGUAUGAGCGCCGGUACAGAAGAGCACCGCCAUCGGGCUUCCGCCGAUGGGCAGAAUACGCUCUCGCAAACGGCUCACCAGUCAUCGACGACUUCGACAUCAUCGCGGAGGGCGUCCAUCCCUUUUUAAAAUAUACCGCAGUUGAGAUCGAAGGCCGAAUACGCAAAGCUUUAGCAAAGAAGAUUGGCGACCAUAUCGAAAUCUGCGACUUGACUGGCGGGAAGUUCGGGCCCGGAUGUCGGACAUGGGCCGACCCGUUGACGCACCUGCUGGGUGACGCAAAGUCAUUGGCGCCGGAUGUUAGGUUUUUGAUGAACUUUUUGGACGAACCUUCAAUCCUUUUGGGAUCCCAAGAGACGGAAGGGGGUGGAGAUGGUGUAACACUCUGGACGGAUUUGUCCCAUCGACCCAUUGCUGCGGUUGUGGCCGAGGCUUGUAAAGCUCGGGGAGAGAAGUCUUCGUCGCAGGCGCCGGAUGAGGCCAGUAACUUGCUCGACAUACGCUUUGUUACUAACGUGACUGCGGAGAAAGAUCUAUGUCGACAUCCUGAAUACGCCUCCGAACAUGGCUUUCUCCUGUGUCCCACCACACUUCGACGGCUACAAAUCGACAUCCCAAUGCUCUCCCGAGCCGCCCCCUUGCCCUUCUCCGAUAUCCUCUUUCCCGCAACACACUACUCCAUCGAUUCGAGUCUAUAUAGCCCUUGGUCUGACUGGACCUGGGGCAUGAAGAAGAAUUCUCUAUACUGGACGGGCUCUUCGACCGGUGGACAUUGGUCACAAGACACAUGGCGAAAAGGUCAUCGGCAACGGAUUGUCACGCUUGGGACUGGGAAAGAGCAACGCAACUUUACAUUCUUACGCGGCAGCUCUAGUGACUCUUCAACAGGUCGUGGAGUGGAAUCCUACAAUGAUGCUAUCGACACAUCUCUUUUCGACGUUGGCCUAACGCGCCAUGCGGGAUGCGCCACCAACUCGGUCUGCGAGGAGCAGAUCCGUUUCUUCGGCCAACCUCGACGCGCUGAAUCCGAGUCACGCCCGCUGCGAUUCCGCUACGCCCUCGACGUGGACGGCAACAGCUUCAGUGGCCGCUUCUACCGAUUCCUCGCAUCACGUAGCGUGCCGCUCAAAGUGAGCAUUUUCCGCGAGUGGCACGACGAGCGGUUGAUACCUUGGUUACACUACAUUCCUGUCAGCGUCAAUAUGGGGGAGUUGCCUGAGCUUGUGCGCUUUCUUAGCACGACAGCCGAGGGACAGCGAAUAAGUUACCGCAUUGCCGAGGCUGGGAGGGAGUGGUAUUCGCGGGCUAUGUCGCCAAAUCACCAGGGUAUCUACCUGUAUAGGCUAAUGCUAGAAAUGGCAAGGCUACAGGAUGAGUCCCGGGAGGUUGGUUGA